UGGCAGACACGUUUUACCUCCCAUCCAAUAGAACGAAAAUCUCCCGGCUACUUCGUUCAGUGACAUCACUUUCAAUGAGAAAAGUCUCAGUUUGUGAUUCCCGGCAUUUAUUUUUCAAUUGUCUGCAUUCUGAAUUGAUUUAAGAUGAAUGAAGAGUAUUGGGUUCUUACACCUGUCGUCAUGGAUGUUGAGAUGGAUACAACUCCAGUGACUGUGAAGCGGGAAGCUGAGAAUGACAGUGAUGUGGCUGUCCCUAGAAAGAAGAGGAAAAAGAAUCCUACAAACUUAAACCGAUUGCCUAUUCCGAAAAAUGCAGUGUGUACUUUAAAUGAGAUAAGUCCUGGGCUUGUUUAUACUUUUGUGUCUCAACAAGGACCUGUGCAUUUACCAACUUUCACUGUCAGUGUUCAGCUUAAUGGGGAAACAUUUGAAGGGCAAGGUCGAACAAAGAAAGCAGCAAAACAUGAUGCUGCGAUGAAAGCCCUACGCUCUUUUGUUCAAUACCCAGAUGCUUAUGAAGCUAGUAGAGUUCUAAACAGUUGUGGUAAAGAUGUAGAUUUCUCCAGUGAUAUUACUGUUGGAGACCCAUCCAUCUUCAGUGUCUACAAUUUGUCUCCUCCCCCUGCUCAAGACACAAAUGUUAUUUCUCCUUGUGCUUCACAACCCAAGGCUGAACUUCAUGAUGUAGGUUCUAAUGGGGCCAAUCAAAACACUGCUAUUCAUCCUUUACUUUUAAAUUCAAAACGCAAUCCCGGAACAUUAGAAAAGACUCCAGUAGGAUUACUGAAUGAACUCAAGCCAGGUCUUGAAUUUCGUUGUAUUAGUGAGAAAGGCGAGCAGUACAACAAAUUUGUUAUGGAAGUGUAUGUUGAUAAUGAGAGGUUUGAGGGCUCUGGUCAAAGCAAAAAGUUAGCAAAAACUGCUGCAGCCAAAGCAGUUCUUGCAAAAAUUUUUAGCAUCUCAUAUUCCCCUCUUAGCAACAGAGCCACAUCAAUGGCUUCGGGUACAUCAGCUGAUGAAAGAAUCACUCUGCCUCAAAUCCUUGCAGAUCACAUUGGAAGACUAGUACUCUCUAAAUUUGGAAAAUUAGUUGAAAGCAAUUCCCAGUAUUCAAGACGUAAAGUUUUAUCAGGGUUUGUGAUGACGACUGGACCUGCAAUGGAAGAUGCUCACAUUAUUUCAGUUACAACUGGAACAAAAUGUAUCAGUGGUGAACAUAUGAGUGUCAAAGGUGCUGCACUGAAUGAUACUCAUGCUGAAAUUGUGGGAAGAAGGUGUUUAAUGGAUUACCUGUAUUCCCAAUUGGAAUUAUUAUUAAAAGGAGAAGAGGCAGCUGCUAGGUCAAUUUUUAUUGCUAGAGCAGAUGGACAUGGUUUCCAACUUCGAGACAAUGUUCGCUUUCAUCUUUACAUUAACACUGCACCUUGUGGGGAUGCGAGGAUAUUUUCUCCUCAUGAAGCUGAAACUGAGGAAGAGGCUGUGGACAAACACCCAAAUCGAAAAGCAAGAGGUUUGCUGAGAACAAAAAUUGAAUCAGGUGAAGGAACUAUACCUGUGAACCAAAACACUGGAAUUCAAACUUGGGAUGGUGUAUUACAGGGUGAAAGACUUCUGACCAUGUCCUGCUCAGACAAAGUUGCACGGUGGAAUGUACUUGGAAUUCAAGGAGCACUGCUUGCACAUUUUAUUGAGCCUAUUUAUCUGGAAAGCAUUGUUCUGGGAAGUUUAUUCCAUCCAAGCCAUCUUUACAGGGCUGUCUGUGGAAGAAUAGAAAAUAGUAUUGAAGGUCUUCCUCCUCCAUAUCGACUCAACAAGCCUCUCUUGAGCCUGACAAGCUCACGAGAAGCAAGACAACCAACUAAAGCGCCAAGCUAUAGCCUCAAUUGGACUUCAGGUGAGCCCACUGCAGAAAUUAUAAAUUCUGUCACAGGGAAAGAUGAACAUGGCAAUGCAUCUCGAAUUAGUAAAUUUAAACUCUUUCAAAGAUUUCUUAAUUUAAUGGGCAGAAUUCCCACUCGGUCAGGAACAAAUUUAAAAACCUGUCCUAAUAUUUAUGCAGAGGCCAAACUGGCCGUUGACGACUAUCAGCAAUCUAAAAAUCAAUUAAUGAAAGCGUUCCUUAAAGCCAGCCUGGGAACAUGGCUGAAAAAACCAAUUGAACAGGACCAGUUUGAGAUUGAAAAAGUUUCUCCUUCAUGACGUCACAUGGCACAAGAUUAUAUCUUAAGCAGUAAUUAUGAGCAUCAUCAUCUUCAACUUUCAUCAGCUUCAAUAUCAUAUUUAAAUCAUUGCCACCAUCAUUGUGACUGAAUGAAAUCAUUUAAUCAUGACUGAUUUGAAUCAUUAGCAGCAUUUUUGUCAUCACCAUUGUCAUCACCUCCAUGAAUGGACGAAUAAUUGAAGUAUGUGCAUAAUUUACCUACAAUUUGUGAUAGGUAGCCCUGAUUUUAAAAUUAAGAAAAAAUAAUGGAAUGUGAAAGAUUGUUUGUAAACAUGAACAAAUUCUUGUUUCAUCAAUUAAUAGUAGCUCAACUUAAAGGGACAAACCUACUGUGAUGCAUUUAACUGUGGAUUGGAACUCUGCAUUCCAAUGAGUAUUUAAAUGCUUUUUUAAGUGUACCUUUAUUUUUCAUGUUUUGUGUUUUGGAGAAGGUGUUAAACUAUCCAGGGUUUGACAGAGUUGAAAAUCCUUGUAAGCUGAUGCUGUAAGCUGUUAAAUUUUUACUCAUUUUCUGUUUCCUUUUCAGAAUGUUUUUAUUUUUUGUGUGGUUCCUUUCUCUCUAUUUUAUUUCUUUGUAGAAUAAUAAGCAAGAAUUAUCACUUUCUCUUUGACAACAUGUUUUCCUAUUUUAAAGUUAUACCUGGUACAACUUGCAUUGAUUCCUUUAAUAUUAUUAUGAAUGUUUGAAUAUUUGCCAUUUUGUUACAGAAUUGGAAAUAAAGUAUGUUGGUUUCGCCACCUCCACCACAA